UCACCUGAAUCAAAUAAAUAAAUAAAUAAAUAAAAUUAAUUUUCUCGGAUUUGUUAGAAUUAUUUAUUUGUGGACUAAUAUAAUACCAUAAUUACAAUCAUUAAUUAUGUGCCUAAUAUUUCUCAUACAACCAUAAUGGGAUGGUUAACAACUAUUAAUUAUUUAGAGGCACAUGAGAGCACCCAUAUGACUAUAAUUGGCCCAUUGAGUUAUAGUCCACCAUCAAUUAGUCCUUAUUAACCCAAUAAGCUAUAUAACCCUUUAGGGUUAGAUGGGUAUGUGAGAAAAUAUACAUAUAUAUUAAGGAUGAAAAGUGUGUGCUAAGGGAUGAUGGUUAGACAUAAGUGGGUUUGCUCCACAAUUGUCUCUUGAUUACUCUUCACUCUCUAGAAUAUUGUUUUGUGUGUUUUGGACUUGGAUAUUGAUCAAUGGCUCAAUAUGAUGGGAUGAGCAAUAUGGGAGCUUUAAGCGUUCCAAGAAACUCUGCCAUGUUGACGCUAAAUGGAACCAACCACAAGCAGUGGGUUGAAUCCCUCAUGCUAAAUUUGACUCUUAUGAGAGUGGACUUGGCCUUGAGAAUGGAUGCACCGCCUAAACCCGCUGAUGAUGCCACUGAAAAGGACAAGAAGUCCUAUGAGGAUUGGGAGCAUUCCAAUCGUUGUUGUUUGAUGCUUAUGAGGUAUAACAUGGAUGAGUCCAUUCGUGAUAGUAUUCCUCAAACUGAAAGUGCAAAAGAUUUUCUUGCUGCCAUUAAGGAAAAGUAUAAGAAGUUCUCAAAGAAUGAGAAAAAUGAGUGCUUAACUUUGUUCCAUCGCACUAACUAUCUUUGA